AUGAGAAUUUUGUCCCUCGCCCUCUGCGCUGCUGCCAUCGCCUGUGUCGCCGCCCAAGUUGCUCCUGAACAACAGCAACAGCAAGCUGAAUUCGAUGUCGUCGGCAUCCAGGAUAACUACGCAUGGGCUGUCGCCGCCACCCCCGAGGAACUCGCCUUGAAAGCCGACGAGUUAGCCGAGCUUGCCGCCGAGAUCUCUUUCCGGGCUGAACUCCUCGACUCUCUCAACCGCGAUUUUCAAGCCGAGGGCUUGGAUUGUAUUGCUUACAAGCUCGCUAUCGACGCUGUGUUGACUGGAACCAUCCAAGCAGCGAAAUCUGUUACAAACAUCCCAUUCGUCGGAACUGCCUUCCAGUUCCUCGUCCAACAGCUCGAGAGACUGAAGGACCUGGUCGGUAAAGUCACCACCGACUCGAGCGGCAUCGUUGCUGGUCUUGACUUUACAUUCUCCACACUGAAGACCAUCCUCGCGACCAUCGAAUACAUCCCACUCCCAUUCGACAUUUCUCCUAUCGUCAAGGUCAUUGAGUCUGCCAAGCCCAUCAUCCGCACCGCUGUCCAGUGUGUCUUGGGCGGCUCCAAGUUGGCCAUCACUCAAGGUCACUGCGCCCCAACCGCCGAUAUGUACCGCCUCUUUGUCACGGAUGCCACCACCAACGCACCAACCGUACCCGAUACCGCCUCUGACGAAUGGAAGAGAAUCGCCGCCGGAGUGUCAUCUGUGUUGCAAUUGAGCAAGAACGCCAUUGCACAGUCGAACGAGGCAUUGCUGAACACCCGCCCGAUCUUUGCCGCCGACCUUCUAAACCAAUACCGCGACGAAUAUCUCCGCGUUGCUGAGAACGAUGAUGCCAAGAUCUACGCACAGACCUAUUUGGGUGCCAUUGUUGGUGCAUCGAAUGCUCUUGAGGCAUGUCUGCGUGUUGCUGCAGAUCCCGCUGUUGCAGCUGAGGAACUGCAGCAGGAAUUGAAUGCCCAGGCUCGCUUUGAGGAUGACAAUGAUGAGAAUGAUGAGGAUGAAGUGGGCGAGGAAGACCAAUAG